UCCUCGAUUCGCAAGCCCUUAUAAGUAAUCGGGAUCGAGAUGUAAAAAUACUAACACUUCCUUCUUCCGCUGGCUUCGCGAACGAGCAGACGCUUUUCUCAGCAUAAAUUUGUAUCGGAAAAAAUCGUCAUUUUUACUCGAAUAGUUUUGUUUUUUUUAUUAUCAAGAAAGCUUCAACAGUUUCUGUAGGCACGUUGUGCAUUAUUAUUUAGGCACGUUGUGUGAUUUUAUGAGGGCACGUUGUGCAUUUUCACCAUGAGUUAUAGCCAGGAUGGCCAUGUACGUUCUGACUCGGAGAGUAACCCGUAUGAAUCGGGGCAGGAGUCUGAGAGAUCUAAUCUCUCUGAUGAUGAUGAUAACUCGACCCAUCAAGAACCAGAUUUGCUAGACAAUUCUGAUGUCAUUUCUCUGGAGGCAGAAUCUGAUGGGGAGAGAUUUGACCCUACAGAAGGUGAGAAUUCUUUCUCACUUGAAGGCAGCAUGGCUACAUACUGUCAGAAAUAUUUUUAUCAGCAUCUGACAGAGGACAGUAUUAAACGCAAUAUUUUAGACGCAGCCCCAGUGCCUGCUAAUGCUUUCUGUACACCUCCUAAAGUUGAUGAUUUUGUGCAGGAUUUCAUAGAUUAUAAUGCUAUGAAAUUUUUAAAAAUGCAGGACAAAAGUCUGUCUUUUAUUCAAAAGAAAAUUGGCCAGAUUAUGGGGCCAUUGGCCAAGAUUUGGCAGGCUGUUGAUGGGGCCAGGAAGGGUCAGGAGGAGAACACUGAAUUUACUGUGCUUGACAUGCUCAAACUCAUAGAACAAACUGUUGUUUUGGUUAGCCAGGCAAAUGCCACUUGUCUAUAUGAGCGCAGAGUCAAUUUCUUGGCCAAGAUAAUGAAAGGUGUCAAGAAAGCAAAGGAACAUCUAAAAACUAAUGAGCAUGAUUUCAGCAAAGAAAAAGAAGUGCUUUAUGGAGAUAAAGUGUUUAAGGCACUAGAUCGCAAAAGUAAGAGUCGCAAGAGGGCAAGAGAGAUCUCAAAAGAAAUACAGUCAAAAAAGAGGAGGACAGAUCAGUCCCAGCAGCCCUUUCGUGCAGGGCCCUCGCGUGGGUAUGGGCGUGGGGGCAGACAAUCAACUUGGACGCCAAAACAGGGCAGCCACUCCAGCCAGAAUAACAGAAAACCUGCGCAGUCAGGAUUUAAGAUUCCAAAGAAACCCAGAUCAGGGGAGAACAGAGACAAGACGUAGCUAAGAUGACAAAAACAAGUUACAGGACUGACAGUGAGCAGAUUCAACAGAAAUUCUGAAAAGUGAAAUGCGGCGCCC